UGGUCACAGAGUGGUUUGGUGGUGAAAAGUCAAAAUCUUGUCAAACAAUAAAUUGUCACCUUUACAUCAAUCAAUCGUACUUUUUUUAUGUGUGACCUGGGUAGGUAUAACGAGCUGCACUUUUCACUUCUUAUCUUUUUUUAAAACGAUCUGUCUCUUAUGGAAAAAAAUCAAGAGGAACCGCAAGAGCCUAACGAGGAUGAAAAACCAGUCGAAGACGAAGAAAAGCCUAAAAAGGAAGAAGAGAAACAGCCGGAGAAAAAGGAAAGGAAAUCUUUCGGUAGAAUAAAGAGGCGUCCUAAAAUUGUUAUUAGUGUUCGCGAGCCGCGCAGGAAGUCAUCUUACGAUGUUCUAAUGGAUAACCUUAAAGUUGCAGGCAGGAAAACAUUCCUCCAUCGAAUAGUGUACGGAGGCAUCCACAAUUUUCCAAUAGAAAAUCAUAAAUUCGACGCAAUAAAUCCUAUAACGAAUUUUUUUAAAUCCAUAAUACACAAAACGAAUAACGCGAAUUAUUGUUUUGAAAAAUUGACUGGAUUUUUGAUGUAUUACGAUUGUCACUUCAUUCACGUCGUCGAGGGAGACGAAGAUGCCCUCGGAAUACAUUUGCAAUUCAUAUAUGAGCCGGAUUCUAGAAAAAAUUUUGAGAAUUUGAAACUGUUUAGCAUUCUUAAUCACAUUAAUGAUAGAUUAACGAGUGAUUGGUCAUUUUAUUAUGGCAUACCAAGACAAUGUGUGACCACUCUAGACACUCACGCCUCUUUAAGAGAUAUCGCUUCGGUCUUGUACGUGUGCAUCCUGAAAGUUUUCAAAUUGAUUAUGGAAAUUGCAUCUCAGAGGAUUGGAUCUAAUCCCGAUGUUCUUGUAGAUCCUUCAACUUAUAAACUUCUAGAACGAGAGAAAGAAAAGGAAAAAGACAGGGCAUCUCAGGAAAGUAAUCCAGUUCGCGUUCGUUCUAGCAUACAGAGUCUCAAUCCAACACGUAUAGUUUUAAAUCCGUUGAAGGGUUUUUUGCCUGAGAUUGAACAGUUGGAUUUUCUUCUCGAAUGUGAUUUUCCACCAAAUCUCGAAGAAUAUAAAAUGGCCUAUGGGGUAUUCGUGAUAAAAAAAUCUUAUAAAGAGAACGUAUGGCCUAUCCCUUCCGAUUUUAUACCCUACGAUGUCUUCGACACUCAAUACCAGCUGGUGAUGGAAUUUCCCAAAUCCGAACAACUCGAAAAUUCAUUGUCAGCAGAUAAAAUGUUAGAAACCGAAAAACAGAAAGAUGAAAAAAACUACUAAUUAAGAACUGAUUUUGAAAUUCAUCUAAUGAACUGCAUUUCAAAAAUUUGAAUCGCUUUAAAGCACAAAUAAAUAAGAAUUAAAGGGGUAAAUAAAUUUUGGAAAAAUUUAUUUUUGAUCGGUAAAUUCUCACAAAGCAUUAAACCCGAAAUUUUGUUGUUUUUAUUACCAUUCUUUAAAGGUCAUAACUAAAGAACAGUACCUUGUAUAAUUUUUGACAUAUGGCUCACAUUUUUUCGUUAAAUGUACAAGAGAUAAGUAUUAUCAAAAUCAAUAAAUUCUUGUGUUUCUACAUACUCGAAACAACGCCCUGUACAUCAGAAAUUUUAGAUAUUACAUUUUUUGAUGAAAAGACCACAAUUUAAUCAAAUAUUUCUUUAAAUUUAAUUUAUUUGUGCUUUUAUUGAUUUCUUCAAAAAUGAUCUUUUAUACAGGGUAUUCCUAAAUGUCAUGUCAAUAAUGAAGGAAUAUUUUAUAACUAAUAUUUUAUGUAAAAUUGUGCUCCAGUCCAGACUGUUCUUUUUUUCAAUACAAAUAGCUAAAAGAGUAUUUUAAAAACUUCAAUAUUGACAUGCCAUUUAGGAACACCCUGUAUUAUUGUGUCAUUUUCCGGUACCUCUGAUAUUUUUUCCUUUUUUCUACUAACAGUUUUCUUUUAUGUUUGUAGCUCUCUACGUAUUCAUCUAUCUCAUUUACCUCUUGGUCAUGCAUUCGUACAAUUUAUUUUAUAUUAUUUUAGUUUAUUUUAUAUUUUGUAACAUUAAUUUUAUAUCAGGUAUUUUAUGUUU